AAAGUGAAACCUUGACCCCCUUCAAUCUCUCACCUUACUUUUCGCUGGUUACCCACACAGUAAAAGUAAGCUUAUAGCAGAAGCAAUACUCUCCCUCUAUAUAUACACACGCAUAUAUCUUAUAUAAGAUCAUACUUACAAGAAGAAUCAGUGUAUAUCUAGGGUUUUGGCAAUGAGAGGUUCGUCAGAUACAAAUGUCUUACAAGAACUGGUGUUGUACGCCGCCACCGCCGCUAUCGGCUACUUGAUGCUGUUAUCGGGGGUUCGACAUCUCGACCCAAACCGCGACGCCUCCAAGAAAGCCCUACAACGGAAGAAAGAAAUCGCCAAGCGUUUGGGUAGACCACUCAUCGAAACCAAUUCCUACGAGGAUGUUAUAGCUUGCGAUGUUAUAAAUCCUGAUCACAUUGAUGUGGAAUUUGACUCUAUUGGGGGUUUGGAAACCAUUAAGCAAGCAUUACAUGAAUUGGUGAUUCUCCCACUACGUAGGCCCGAGCUAUUUUCGCAUGGGAAGCUUCUCAGUCCCCAAAAGGGGGUCUUGUUAUAUGGACCACCUGGUACUGGAAAGACGAUGCUUGCCAAAGCCAUCGCCAAAGAGUCUGGAGCUGUUUUCAUUAAUGUAAGGAUAUCAAACCUAAUGAGCAAAUGGUUUGGUGAUGCACAAAAACUUGUGUCUGCUGUCUUUAGCUUGGCCCAUAAACUCCAGCCUGCCAUUAUAUUCAUUGAUGAGGUUGAUAGUUUUUUGGGUCAGCGCAGCACGACUGACAAUGAAGCAUUAACAAACAUGAAGACUGAGUUCAUGGCUUUGUGGGAUGGUUUCACCACGGACAAGGAUGCUCGGGUGAUGGUUCUUGCUGCAACCAACCGUCCAUCAGAACUUGAUGAAGCAAUACUUAGACGUCUUCCACAAGCUUUUGAGAUUGGGAUACCUAACCACAGGGAGAGAGUGCAGAUACUGAAGAAGAUUUUGAAGGGUGAGAGGGUAGAAGAUGGCUUUGACCAUGACCGCAUAGCCAGUUUAGCCGAUGGGUACACUGGUUCGGAUCUUCUUGAACUAUGCAAAAAAGCAGCCUAUUUUCCCAUCAGGGACCUACUUAAUGAUGAGAAGAGUGGGAAACCAUCUAAUGAACCAAGGGCAUUGUCACAGUUGGAUCUGGAGAAUGUUCUUGCCACAUCAAGAAAGACGAUGGUUGCUGCCAGUGAAUACACACCAAGAUUGUCGACGCAAAGGGAGCCAGAUGAUUAUCAGGUCCAAGCUGUAAUAGGUGAGAUUGCUAAGCUUGCGGUUUCCCAAUUUAUAAACCUUCAACCAAGUGCCCAAGAUCCCUAAAGUUAGAAUCUCCUCUCCCCACACCUAGCAGUAAUAUGAUUCUCUGUGCAACUCCAUCCAAGUAAAUUUUAUUUUAAAUUUUUGAGCCCAGUGCCUCUGAAUGUUCUGGCAGAUUUUGUGAUCUUUUGAGGCAGUUGACUGCUUCAUUGUCAACCCAACAAGGCAGUUUAGAUAAUAUAGGUUGUGUGAAAAGAAUUAUACUUUUGAUAUGUUAUUUAAAUUAAUGCAAAAAUGCUUACUUGUGCUUCCA